AUGACGGAGGAGGAGCCGUGGGGGCGUGAUUGGGCUCGCGGCGUGGUCGGGACGGCGGCGGCGUGGUCGGGACGGCGGCGGCGUGGUCGGGACGGCGGCGGCGUGGUCGGGACGGCGGCGGCGUGGUCGGGACGGCGGCGGCGUGGUCGGGACGGCGGCGGCGUGGUCGGGACGGCGGCGGCGUGGUCGGGACGGCGGCGGCGUGGUCGGGACGGCGGCGGCGUGGUCGGGACGGCGGCGGCGUGGUCGGGACGGCGGCGGCGUGGUCGGGACGGCGGCGGCGUGGUCGGGACGGCGGCGGCGUGGUCGGGACGGCGGCGGCGUGGUCGGGACGGCGGCGGCGUGGUCGGGACGGCGGCGGCGUGGUCGGGACGGCGGCGGCGUGGUCGGGACGGCGGCGGCGUGGUCGGGACGGCGGCGGCGUGGUCGGGACGGCGGCGGCGUGGUCGGGACGGCGGCGGCGUGGUCGGGACGGCGGCGGCGUGGUCGGGACGGCGGCGGCGUGGUCGGGACGGCGGCGGCGUGGUCGGGACGGCGGCGGCGUGGUCGGGACGGCGGCGGCGUGGUCGGGACGGCGGCGGCGUGGUCGGGACGGCGGCGGCGUGGUCGGGACGGCGGCGGCGUGGUCGGGACGGCGGCGGCGUGGUCGGGACGGCGGCGGCGUGGUCGGGACGGCGGCGGCGUGGUCGGGACGGCGGCGGCGUGGUCGGGACGGCGGCGGCGUGGUCGGGACGGCGGCGGCGUGGUCGGGACGGCGGCGGCGUGGUCGGGACGGCGGCGGCGUGGUCGGGACGGCGGCGGCGUGGUCGGGACGGCGGCGGCGUGGUCGGGACGGCGGCGGCGUGGUCGGGACGGCGGCGGCGUGGUCGGGACGGCGGCGGCGUGGUCGGGACGGCGGCGGCGUGGUCGGGACGGCGGCGGCGUGGUCGGGACGGCGGCGGCGUGGUCGGGACGGCGGCGGCGUGGUCGGGACGGCGGCGGCGUGGUCGGGACGGCGGCGGCGUGGUCGGGACGGCGGCGGCGUGGUCGGGACGGCGGCGGCGUGGUCGGGACGGCGGCGGCGUGGUCGGGACGGCGGCGGCGUGGUCGGGACGGCGGCGGCGUGGUCGGGACGGCGGCGGCGUGGUCGGGACGGCGGCGGCGUGGUCGGGACGGCGGCGAAUCUUUCUUGUAGUAUAG